CAACCCGUUUUCUUCAGUUCUCGCGUGGGAGGCUAUUCUCGGGCCUCUUAUGCUCUGCGCUUUUCUGGGGCCGGUGCUUCACAACGACGGAGCGACAGUUUUGUAGGGCAGGAGGAUUCAGGAGCCCCCCGGGCAGGCCAGAUCUUCCAUGACCCAUCCCUCUUGUUGUAACCCAGCACGUCUUCAGAGUUGUCUACAUUUUUCCAAGACAGCAGAAAAUGAACAAAUCCCAGAUUGAACAGAAAUUCCAGGGAUCAGUAUCAUUUAAGGAUGUGACUGUGGGCUUCACCCAGGAAGAGUGGCAGCACCUGGACCCAGCUCAGAGGUCCUUGUAUAGAGAUGUGAUGCUGGAGAACUACAGUAACCUUGUCUCACUGGGGUAUUGUGUUACCAAACCAGAGGUGAUCUUCAGGCUAGAGCAAGGAGAGGAGCCAUGGAUAUUGGAGGAAGAAUUCCCAAGCCAGAGCUUUCCAGUGAACAAAGGUGCUUAUAUCUUUUCAGAAAUCUGGAAAACUGAUCACAAGAAAGAAAGGAGCCACAAAAACCAGCCUAAACAUGUGUGGGAAGUUGCAUUCAUCAAUAAUAAAAUGCUAACUAAAGAACGAGGCAACGAAGUAGGAAAACCACAUAACUUGGACACAAAUUCUUUUCCUUCCAGAAAAACCCUCUGUCAGUGUGACUCAUGUGGAGUGAGUUUCAACUGUAUUUCAGAAUUGUUUAUCAAUAAGAAAAACUAUUUAGGAAAAAAGACUGAUGAAUUUAAUGCCUGUGGAAAAUUGCUACUCAGUAUUAAACACGAGAAAACUCAUACUAGAGAGAAAAGUGAAUUUUUUAAAAAUGGGAAAACUUUCAGUCAUGAUAAGGACCCUAUUCAUCAUGAGAAGAUUCAAACUUUAGAGCAAAAUUUUGAUCAUAACAUUUAUCAAGAAACCUUCCUUGAAAAGGCAAUAUUCAGUACAUACAGGAAAGAGAUUGCAGAAGGGAAUGACUGUGAAUGUAAUGAAUAUGGGAGAACCUUCUUUGAUAACUCCUCCUUCUUAUUCCACCAGAUAAAUUCCUCAAAGGAAAAUCACUAUGGAUUUAGUGGUUGUGGAAAAUCCUUAUGUGUGAAGUCUACCCUUUUGAAACAUCAUGGGGCACAUAUGAAACACUAUGACUGUAAUGAAAGUGGGAAUAAUUUCAGGAGGAAUUUAUGCCUUUCACAACUUCAGAAAACUCAUAAAGGAGAAAAACACUUUGAAUGUAAUGAAUGUGGGAGAGCGUUUUGGGAGAAGUCCCACCUCACUCGACAUCAGAGGAUACACACAGGAGAGAAACGCUUUCAGUGUAAUGAAUGUGGAAAAACUUUCUGGGAGAAGUCAAACCUCACUAAACAUCAGAGGUCACACACAGGGGAGAAACCCUGUGUGUGCAGUGAAUGUGGGAAAGCCUUCAGCCACAAGUCAGCCCUCACGUUACACCAGAGAACACAUACAGGGGAGAAACCUUAUCAGUGUAAUGCAUGUGGGAAAACUUUUUACCAGAAGUCAGACCUCACUAAACACCAGAGAACACACACAGGGCUGAAACCCUAUGAAUGCUAUGAAUGUGGGAAAUCCUUCUGUAUGAAUUCACACCUUACAGUGCAUCAGAGAACUCAUACAGGUGAGAAACCCUUUGAAUGUCCUGACUGUGGGAAAUCUUUCUGUCAGAAGUCACAUCUUACACAACAUCAGAGAACUCACAUAGGGGAUAAACCCUACGAAUGUAAUGCCUGUGGGAAAACUUUCUACCACAAGUCAGUACUCACCAGGCAUCAGAUCAUUCAUACAGGGUUGAAACCUUAUGAAUGCUAUGAAUGUGGGAAAACCUUUUGCUUGAAGUCUGACCUCACAGUACAUCAGAGAACUCACACAGGGGAGAAGCCCUUUGCAUGUCCUGAAUGUGGGAAAUUCUUCAGCCAUAAGUCUACCCUCUCUCAACAUUAUAGGACACAUACUGGGGAGAAGCCCUUUGAAUGUCACGAAUGUGGGAAAAUCUUCUAUAAUAAAUCAUACCUAACUAAACAUAAUAGAACACACACAGGGGAGAAACCCUAUGAAUGUAACGAAUGUGGGAAAACCUUCUGCCAGAAGUCUCAGCUCACUCAGCACCAGAGAAUUCACAUAGGUGAGAAACCCUAUGAGUGUAAUGAAUGUGGAAAGGCUUUCUGUCAUAAGUCAGCCUUAAUUGUCCACCAGAGAACUCAUACAGAAGAAAAGCCCUAUAAAUGUAAUGAAUGUGGAAAAUCUUUCUGUGUGAAGUCAGGACUUAUUUUACAUCAGAGAAAACACACAGGGGAGAAACCCUAUGAAUGUAAUGAAUGUGGAAAAUCCUUCAGUCACAAAUCAUCCCUCACAGUGCAUCACAGGGCUCACACAGGAGAGAAAUCUUGUCAGUGUAAUGAAUGUGGGAAAAUUUUUUACCGUAAAUCAGACCUUGCUAAACAUCAGAGAUCACACACGGGGGAGAAGCCCUAUGAAUGUAACACAUGUGGAAAAACCUUCUCUCAGAAGUCAAACCUCAUUGUACAUCAGAGAACACACGCAGGAGAAAAACGUAAUGAUUGAAGUGGAUGUUAGGAAUGUCGAGCUGCAGUUCAGCACCCAUUACACAAGAAUUCACACUGGCGGAAGCUCUGUUGACAGGAUAUCCUGAAUGUUCGGGAAUCUUCCUCCACACAAACUGGCCUUAUUUUACUCCA